GGCCCCUGCUUGCUUGGCAUUUUCCUCAACGUUUUACUAUAUGGCGUCGUAUUAGUCCAGGCGCAGAUGUAUUAUGUUAGAUACCCUGGGAACGUUCUAUUUCUUCUCCUAACUUCCCCAUGGGUCAGCCUUCUUAUCUUGGCAGACAGCCUCAACACUGCAUUCAACAUCGCUUGGAUCUAUAUGGCCCUCAUCAACAACUUUGGCAAUUUCGACAUCCUUACGCGGGCCAAUUGGUGUGAGUACGCCGUCAAAAUAUACUCGCGAGGAGUCAUCGCCACAAUGGCCCAGCUGUUCUAUGCCAGGAGAAUUUGGAUUCUAAUCAAGAAUUGCUGGUUGAUUGGCCUCAUUGUUUCAACAUCAUGUGUCUCUGGUCUCGCUGCCAUUGGCUGUACCGUUGUUGUUAUAAUGCGCCCUUUGUUCUCGAAUCUCCACUCCAGUCUUUUUAUGGGUUUCGGAUUGCCAUGGCUAGUCUCGUGCACAAUCUGUGACAUAUCCAUUGCGACAGCUCUGAGUGUUUACCUCAGCAAGCAGAAGACAGGAUUCAAGCGCACCAACAGCGCAGUCACACGCAUCAUACGAUCGACAGUCUCUAAUGGACUACUGACAGCUUCGUUUACAAUAGGUCAUAUGGUGCUAUGGUUAUCUACGCCUCUGGGCAUACAUUAUAUUUUCAACUACGGCGUCGUAAAGUUGUACACGAACUCUGUCAUCUCGAGCCUAAAUUCGCGCCACGACCUUGCAGCGCGCAUGUCAGCAGAGCUUAGCGAAGCCGUCAUAAACGUGAAUGUAGACGACGUACGCAGAUCCUACUGUCGGCCUCUGCACGAUCCUGACGAGGGGUUAUUGCGCCAUAGCUUCACUUUGCCGGCUUAUCUGAGAUCACUUCCGAACGUCUGCAUGUACGUCAAAGAGAACAGAACGGCUACCAAGUGCUGA